AUGGGGAAAGGCUGCAGGUUGCAGAGCUGGACGCAGGGCUCCAAGAGGCAGAGGAACAAGGUGUCUCCAGGGCUGCAUCUUGGUGUUUCCAACAACAGCGUGACGGAGCUGGACCCGAGAUCAUCAGACAGACGUUCCUGGCAGGCAGCAAUUCACAAUGAGUCCAGUCAAGGUGGUGGUUGGCAGCCCCCGCACGCUGUCGUAGGCAAGUACCACCUGCUAGUGAAAAGUGGAAACAAACGUAUCUUCAGGUCUGAAGAAAACAUGUUGUACAGGUUUCUUUUCAACCCAUGGUGUGAGGGUAACGUGAAACUCAGGUCAGCUGGGGAAAUGUGUCAGGGGGUGGAUGAUAACCCCACGUGCAUGUGUGCCCUUGCUUCAGAGGACGUGGUUUUCACGGCUGAUGAGACAGAGUGGAAUGAGAGCGUCCCCCACAGCACUGGCUACCAUUACAUCUGUUGUGUCGACUCUGUCAAAGAAAAGCCCUGGAACUUUGGUCAGGGUGUCAUCUCAGAGCUGAGAGCAGUGGGCAUCCCAGCACGCAGCAUGACCGCCUACGAUUCAGCCCAUGACACUGAACAUAGCCUCACGGUAGACACCUCCCUGAAUGAGACGGGCGCCAUCUCUAGCAUGACUGAGAUUCCAUCUGACAUGUCUCUGCCCAUCAGAGUGUAUUCUUGCUCCCCUGAAGAGAGGGAGGUCAUGGACCAUGCCUUCUCCUUCCGCAGUUAUGAGAGCGAGUACAAACUACCCCAAAAAGAGGACCUUCUUUAGAUGUAUGUCCAGGCAGAUCCUGUGCUGCUGGGAAACCCUAUCAAGUUCACCGUCACUCUCAAAAGAAAGACAGACAGCUACCCCAAAGACUGUCACAUCUCGGGCUCCCUUGAACUGCAGACAUACACGGGCAAAAACACCACCAGCCUGGGCAUCCUUCAUAAGGCCACGCAGAGCUCUUUGGCAGCAUCUGAAGAGACUCUGCCCUUGGACUCCAAUACCUACAUGGGCAGCCUGUUUGAUGAUGAACCAAUCAUCAUAAGUUUCAUAAUUGCAGGAAUUCUAGAGUCCAAGGAAACGACCGCCUCUCAGGAGUUUGCAUCUUUCCAGUACCCUGAGCUCCCUGUAGAGAAUGCCCUGCACAUCCCUUUGACAGACACCAAGUUCUCUGUGGAAAGCCUGGGUGUCUCCCUGCUGCAGACCAUUGACCAAGGGACGGUGAAGCCAGGUGAGACCAUUAGAUUCCAAAUAAAAGGCAUCCCAACAAUAGCUGGACUUGAGAAAUUUAUCAAGUUUUGUUCCAGUCAGGUGAAAGAGGUUCAUGCUGAGAAGACUGUUCUCAUCACAACUAGCCUUUGCCUGAUGCCUUGGAAAGAGUCCACCCCCAUCCCCGACCUGGUCCAACAUGGGGAGAGGGAGGAGGGGUCAGAGGACGGCAAGGCCAAGGGGGUGGUGUGA